UAGAAAAUGUUGCGGCCGCUCAUAGACGCGUUUUGGAACGAAGAUGUGUGGUUACCGCCUAAUACAACUUGGUCCGACCUCGCUCCCGGGCCUGAUAAGGCUGUAAUUUAUACGGACCAUAGGCAUGUGUUCUUCCCGAUACCGUUAGCACUUCUUUUCAUAACUCUACGUUAUUUCCUAGAGAGAUAUAUAUACGCCCCAUUCGGAAUAUAUCUAGGUAUUAAAGCGUCGAAGCCAAAACGACCAACGCCAAAUGCUAAAUUAGAAGCUGCGUACAAAGCAUCCCCUCGAACAAAACAGCAACUAUGGGCUCUAGCAAAACAAUUGGAUAUGUCGGAAAGGGAAGUGGAGAGGUGGUUUCGCCUCCGUCGCCUCCAGGACAAACCUUCGACCCUCGUCAAGUUCUGCGAAAAUUCGUUCAAGUUCACCUUCUACAUGAUCAACUUUAUAUUCGGGAUUUACAUCCUCUGGGAUAAGGAUUGGUUGUGGGAUAUCGACCAGUGCUAUAUUGGAUAUCCUCAUCAGGGUGUAACCAACGACGUCUGGUGGUACUAUAUGAUAUCGUCAGCUUUCUACUGGUCGCUGACGAUAUCCCAGUUCUGGGACGUGCGGCGCAAGGACUUUUGGCAGAUGUUCGUGCAUCACAUCGCCACCAUCGCGCUCAUAUGCUUCAGCUGGGUGUGCAACCUGCACCGCAUUGGCACCCUCGUACUACUUCUGCAUGACUGCGCAGAUAUAUUUGUUGAGGCUGUGAAAGCCACUAAGUACGCGCGUUAUCAGAAGACUUGCGACACUCUGUUCCUGGGCCUGAUCGUGGCCUGGAUCAGUACUAGAGUGGGCAUAUUCCCAUUCUACAUUAUUUGGAGUACUUCUAUCCGGGCACCAAUGCUACUACCAAUGUUCCCAGCCUACUAUAUAUUCAACGCGCUACUUUGUUUGCUAUUGGUUCUUCAUAUUCUGUGGACGGUUCUCAUCCUACAAAUAGCUUAUAAGACUAUUAAGGCUGGACAGAUGGAAGGUGACAUAAGAAGUUCAAGCUCUGAUCUUAGUGAUAGUCCGAACCACUCCAAUCAUAGUUCUCCGUCGCGUGCUAAUAAUAAAAAACACACAUAAAUAAAACAUGCAAGAAAAUUGCAAGUCUAAUGGACAACGCUUAGCUGGAUCUCGGGUAAUGUCUGCUAUUUUUAGACGUAUUAUAUACUUGUAAGCGUAUUUAAUGUCUGUGAGUGUCUUUCAU